UACGGGUGAUCGGUGAGAAAUUUUCAAGAAUCGAAUCUCGUUUGAAAAAAGAAAAAUUACGUGAUUUUCGGCUUAAAGAAAAGUGUGAGCGUGAGAGAGAGUCGGGUUGGGUCCUAGAAGAAGCAUGAGUCACGCAUGGGAUACACUGAGAAAGUCUGCUUCUCCAACCUCUGUCAACAUUUCACAAUGAAGCUUCAAUGUGGGUUCAUUACAGUGAGUCUUCACCUCCCCAAUCUCAUACCUAAACUUUUCAUCUGAGUCUCCUCUUGAUUUGUCGCUGGAAUUUGGGUCUUUCUGAUUCUGUUUAUUAUAGCCAUUUUACUUUGUUUUUCAUUUUCUUUCGAAUCAAGAUUUGCCCAUUCCUUGCUCAUUUAAAUCUCAAAACAGGGUUUGGCCUCUCACUCUUGGUGGGUUUCAUUGAAUUUGAAGGUACGAAUGAGAUCUUGAUGAGGGUCCGAACCAGUUUCUUUGUACUGCUCGCAUUGCCAUGUCUUUUUUCUCUUCCAUUUCUAAAUGCUCAGUCAUGGCCAUCACCAAAUUCUUCUUUAUCAGCACGCUCAUUGGAUGCCCUUCUCCAGGACUAUGCCUUUAGGGCCUUCAUUAGGCCAAGAACUGGUGUACCCUACGACGGGAAAGUUCCUUCUAACCUAACAGGAAUUAGCAUUGCGGCGUUAAGGCUUAGGAGUGGUAGUUUGAGAAUCAGAGGCGUUGAUAGCUAUAAGGAGUUUCAGAUCCCAACUGGGGUUGUUGAACAACCUUAUGUGGAGAGGCUUGUGUUGGUAUAUCACAACUUAGGCAAUUGGUCUGAUCAUUUUUACCCUUUACCUGGUUACACUUAUUUAGCUCCUGUUUUUGGUCUGUUAGCCUAUUCUGCUGCAAAUUUGUCUGCAACUGAGUUGCCUGAACUGGACAUAAGAGCAUCUGAUCAGCCAAUUUUGAUCAAGUUCCCGGAUGUGAAGAAGCUGAAGCAGCCACACUCUGCAUCACCAACAUCACCAUCACCCAAAUGUGUGUACUUUGAUUUAAACGGUUCAGUUCAAUUUGACAUACUAUUACCCGGAAAUGUGUGUUCAACAGGUCAACAGGGGCACUUCUCCAUAGUUGUGGAAGAGUCUGAAUCUCCAUCUCCUUCACCGUCACCAGCACCUUCUGCUUCUGGUGGAGUCCCAAGUGAAGAAGGUCAUGGGAUGAAGAAGAAGAAGAAGAAGAAGAAGUCUUAUAUUGCAUGGAUAGUUGUUGGAUCUGUGGUUGGUGGGUUGGCUUUGUUGGUAGUGUUGUAUCUUGUGGUUGUUAGGGUUAGGAGGUCCAAGGAAGCGAUGAGGAUACAGGAAAUGGAAUGGGCUGCAGAUAGCAGUGAAACCUUGCACAUGGCAUCCAUUGGAGGAGGGGCCAAAGCACCUCUAGCUAUGGGGACUCGUACAAGACCAGUCAUAGAAACUGACUAUGUUCCUUAGGAUCUCUGACUCUUUAUUCUUGCAGCAGCAUUGUUUGGUUUCUUCUUCUUAUUACCUUCACUGGGAUUUUGAUUUUUCUGUUCAUAAUGAGCCCUCAUGCUCAAGUUCAGUUCAGUUCAGCUUUCUUGGUUGUAAUCUGUUUGAGUUCUUUCUUUCAUUCUCUUCUGCUUACAUUGGCAUGAGGUAGGAUCCUUUCUUCUAUGUUACAAUAACACUCUUCUGUGAAAAAAGUUAUCAGAUCCAUUGAGCUACUUAGAACCUUUGUUAAGCGCUUUUUGGUUUGUAAUCAAACCUGCGUUGCUAGCUUGUUUCAAUGACUAAAUCCAAAAGCAAUUUGGGUUACAA